AUGCCCCGCCCAGCCGCCCUCGCAACCCACAAGCUCCUCAGCAGCUUCCACCACAACCCCGCGCUGCCAAAGCACACAUUCUACUUCCUCGCCUCGGUCGCCUUCUCGGCGCUCAACCGGCCCGACGAGAUACCGCGCAUCUGGCGCUACGCGCUCGAGAACGUCGCCAUCCCGGGCAGCGCCGAGGAGGAGUAUGUGAAGAGGGAGCUGGCGGGGAGGAUGGCGGAGCAGGAGGAGGGAAGGGAGAGUGCGCUCGUGAUACAUCGAAAGAUUAGAGAGGCGCUGUUGAAGAGUGUGGUCAUUUGCGGGUUGCCGGUGACCAUCAACGCCCUCACCGCCCUCACCACCGCCACGCCCCCCCACCUGCUCCCCCCUCCCCCACCGGCCGCCGCAGCACCCUCACCACGCCCCCCUCCCCGCUCCUCGCCCGCGGAAACACCUUCUUCAGCACGCUCUACGGCAAGGUCACCUCCCGCGUGA